CUGAUGGGAGCAUCCAGCAGUGGCGAUACAAAGGAACUAGAGAAGUUUGCUGAGUACCACGACCUAGCCCUUGUCUCAUACUACGCCACCGCCCCUGAACUCUCUGACACUGAAAUGUUCCCCAAUCUCAUGAGAACCAUUCCACCAGAUGGACCACUUACCAAAACAAUCACGGAUUUCCUUGGCCAGUUGAAUUGGGAGUAUGUGGCUGUUGUCUACACAGACAACAGUUAUGGCCGCGGGGCAUAUAAUGCGAUUCGCCCGCAUCUCGCCAAGGCUGGCAUCUGUCUGACAGCUGCCCUCGGUGCUGACCCCUUGGAUGACUCGGAUGCCACCAUUGAUGAUGUUUUACGGAAGUUGAUGCAGACAAAUACCACUGGUGUGAUUUAUCUUGGGAACGGUUUGCUGAUUGAUGCAUUGUUUAAGAGAGGUGCACUGUAUGAAGGGGCUGGAAAACUUCAGUGGGUUGUCACUGACAGUGUGUCCCUCUCUGACAAAUUCCCUGGUCAGACUUAUCCUAGAGGACUGAUAUCUGUGGUGCCAUCUAGCCGCACAAUCAUAGAAUUUGAGGACCACUGGGUUCGUAUUGAUCACACCACCUCGUCGACAGAGAAUCCCUGGUUCCAAGACCAGUACAUGGCCCAAUACAAGUGUCGUAUACCAGGGAGAAACUCUGUGUACACCACAGAUUGUCCGAUACUCACAGAAAUUCAGCGCCGAACAGACUUUGUUCAGGACCAGUUUGUAGAGCCGGCUGUGCACGCAGUAUUCACAUAUGCUCGUGCCCUGAAACAAGCUCACAGUGACCUGUGUGGUGUCCGAGGAAUGUGUGAUGCCCUGCUGCAACUGUCUGCAGGAGACUUUCAUCUAAAUUACAUGCGGCAGAUGGACUUCAUCUACGGGAAAAAAGAGCGUGUUGAGAGCUUGGCAUCCUAUAGUUUAGUACCAUACAAUGCCCCAGCUAGGGUGAAAUAUGAGGGAAACGAUAUCACAAACCCAGCGUUUGAGGUGUUCAAUUUCAACGACUACCCUAGUGGAACGUCAUACAAGUUUACAAGCAUCGGCACAUACAUCAACCAGCUGCUGGAGAUAGUCAACACCCGCUUGAGGUUCUACGAUGAGCCCCGAACAAUGGUUCUCCCUUACAUACCAACCUCCCAGUGCCCUUCCCAGCCCUGUAACCCCUGUCUAGGGGCCAUCAUAGACCCCAAAUACGUAUACAUACCUGGUGACGUUGUUAUCACAUCUGCCUUUAGUGUGCAUGCUCGGGGACCACAGCCUCUGUCCUGUGGAGACUUUCUGGGCAGCAUUAUGGACAUGGGCAUACAGAGCAUGGAGGCAUUCAUCUACGCCAUUCACCUGGUCAAUACAGAAGUAGCCCCUGGGAGAGGUUGGUUGAAAGGAGUAAAACUUGGAGGCCUGGGUUUCGAUGACUGUCAGAAUGCAAUCCUGUCUAACCAGCUGAUCACAGACGUUCACCACUAUUCCCGUGCCAUUCGCGAUGAAAAUGGUCAAAACCUUCUUGAUCCACGUAAAGUUGAGGCCUUUUUGGGUCCCUGGAUGUCAUGGGACAUGUCUGAGUUAAUGAAAACAUUGAAGAGACCAGUAAUUGGUGUACAGACCUUGUCUACUGAAUUUAAUGACUUUGAAAAGUAUCCGUAUUUCGUUAGAGCUACACAUGAUAUAGAAUACAUUGCAAGGACAUUCAUAAAUGUUGUGAAGAGAAAUGGAUGGAAGUACAUACAGGCUGUGAUUCACUCGGGACCGAAUGGUGAAGAGUCGGGCAGAAUUCUAAAGAAGGUGGCUGCCGAAGAAGGAAUUUGUGUUGUGGCUACACAUGAGAUUAAUGGGAUGUCAGACAAUGGGGCAGAGGUUGUAGAGCUUCUGAGGCGCCGCAUGGACGUGCAGCCUGUGGCUGUCUUCCUGGAAAGUAAUGGCUUCCAUGUUCUUGCAAAGGGGUUGAAGGAAACUGACUCUCGUGGAGAGUUCCAGUUCAUUACUUCGACUGGUAACAGUUUGCGCCUUGUUAAAGGUUAUGAAGAGUAUUUAACUGGACUGAUCAGUUUUGAAUUAUGGAAUGGGCCAUCUAUGACUGGAUUGGUUGACAGUCUUAAAACAGUUGAUGUUCAGACUUACACAACCAACCCUUGGAUGAGAGAGUGGUAUGAAAACUUCUAUGACUGUUCUUUCAAUCCCAUCCCUGGUCAGACAGUGUGUGGAGCACAGAACAUGUUUGCUGACGCCAACUUUGAACUUAACUCUGACAUCAUUGCAGUGGUUUAUGGAGUCAUAGCAACAGCCCAGGGCCUGCAUGAGACCUUAAAACACUACUGUGGUGAUAACUACGAAGGUGUGUGUGGAAACUUUAUGAAUGCUCGAGACAAGGGCGAGUCACUUGUGCAGAAUAUAAUUACCAAGACACGGUACGUGGUGAACACUGGAGCAGCCAACAAUGUGUACGAUUUCAACAGUCAGCGAAUGGGAAAUAUCCCUUACAAAUAUUUCAACUUCCAGCGGGCAACCGCCCUCAAUUCCUACUACUACACUGAGGUUGGAGAAUAUCGGCCGCGUGAGGACAGUCUGUACCUGGAGAACUUAAUUCUGAUCAACAGCCUUCCGUCUGGCCAGAUCCGCUCUUCCUGCCCUGGCAUCUGCAUGGAGUGCCUCUACCUCUUCGGCUACCAGAAAUUCAUGUACGUCGAUGGUGACAUUAUUAUCCCCGGAAUAUUCGAUGUUCACUACCGCGGUGACUCACCUUACAGUUGUGAUGACAUUCGGGUGGAGAAUGGCUUCCAGUACACAGAGGCUUUCAGAUUCGCUCUUGAUAGGAUCAACUCGGGCAUGGCCGAUGUCAAGUUGAACGGUGUUAAGCUUGGAGGCCUGGGAUUUGAUGGUUGCACAGACCACAUUCGAGCAUCGGCUAUUGUUACUGGCAUGUAUUCAGGAGCCUACCCAAUUCCAAACACAGACCUUGCAAGCACAGAGGUUACCACUGAGGACUUAAUGGCCUGGCUGUCAUAUGACAGCAAGACAACUGUGAAUGUAGCUACCAUCCUACAACGUCAUGGCAUUCCUGCAGUCUCACCAGGGGCAACCAGUCCACUCCUUGAUAACAAGAAAAUGUUCAAUACCUUCUUUAGAACCAUUCCGUCUGCAAGUGUGGUGGCUGAAGCCAUUGCCAAACUGUCCAAUCUGCUUGGUUUCAAGUAUGUGGUUACUGUGAAUGCACCUGAAGAUGGAAACAGGGAAGCAGUAAGGGUUUUUAGAGAGCUUGCAAAAACUGAAGGGAUCUGUAUUGGUGCCUCAUAUGAGUUUAAAACUGACGGGAGUGAGGCCCAGAUUUUCCGCUACCUUACAGAAUCUACAACCAGGGUUGUGGUUGUCUUUGCGAGCCCAGAUGAGUACAUCGAGGGACUUUUAAGGGAGAAAGACCGGGUAGGAAACACAGACAUCAUCUUCAUUACCAGCCAACCAUGGACAACACCAGCAAAGAAAAUAAAACCAAGUGGGGACUCUCCAAUCAUAUCUACCAUCAGUUUCAACAUGGAUGGAAACAUUGACCUGAAUGACUUCUUACUAUUCUUGGAGAGUGAGAGUCUGUCUCUCAUGGACCACCCAAAUCCCUGGUUCCGAGAGUAUUUCGAGUCUGUGAUGCAAUGUAACCUGGCCGGCACAUACAAGUACACAAGGCAGUGCCAAGCCUCCAAUGUUGUCCCCCUUGACACUGAUCGUAUACGCCAGGAUAUGAGUGUUCUACCUACCAUUAAUGCUGUCUAUGCCAUCGCUGAGGGAAUCCACCGCACUCUACAAACCAAGUGUGGUGUCAACUACACCGGUGUAUGUUCAGAGUUUAUCAGUGAUGAAACUGUGUUUGAUCAGAUAAUGGCCAACAUGGACAUCCUGAGUUUCCGUGACAUAAUGGACAUGAUGUUCCGGUUCGUUGAAAGAGAAGCUGACCGCAGCCUGACAUUCUAUCAAGUUCAGUCAAAUGGAAAUGAGAACAGAGUUGGCACAUACACCGGCCAGUUGAAUAUUCCCCUGGAAGAGACUUUAAAGGGUCAGUAUGAGAACGUUCAAGCCACUUGCGUGGGUGAGUGUAGCCAGUGCAAGGACGAUAGCUCCGGCAUCGAGAAAUUCAUGUUCAUCGCUGGAGAGGUCACUAUUGCAGCAUUGUUUGAUGUUCACAAAAUGGGAAACACACCGUACACGUGUGGUGAGAUAAAUGACAUGCAUGGCUUCCAGCUCAUGGAGGCCUUCAACUGGGCCAUGAACUAUGUCAACACGAAGCAGGGCAUGUUCUCCAACCGCCUGAGGGGCAUCAAGCUUGGCUCUCUUGUGUUUGACACUUGCAGCAGUGCUGUCAGGGCAGGCAAUCUUGUGGCCAACUACCAUGCCAGAAAUUUUGAGAUUGAGACAACAGAGUACAGAAUAGACCCCAGCUUGAUCGACCUCUACAUUGGUCCAAUGACGAGUGAAUCCACUGUCCGUGUUGCUGACGUACUUAAAGAGUUAGGUAUUCCUCAGAUUGGCUAUGGGGCAUCAACCUUAGAGCUCACAAACCAACGCAAGUAUGGCUAUUUCAUAAGGACUGUGCCAGCUGAUGACAAGCAAGCCAGGACCCUGAUUUCUCUCCUCAAGAAAUAUGAACUUGAAAAUGUUCAGCUGAUCUCACAGAACAGCUCAAAUGGAGAGUACGCCAGAGAAGAGUUCCUGCGACUUGCCCCUAUCAACAAAAUAUGUGUAUCUGCUCAGUUUGUGAUUGGUCAAGCAGGAAAGGUAGAUGCAAAUGAAGCGCUCGAUGUUUUGAAGAAAUUGAAUGAUAAGCCACAAGCUAAGGCAGUUGUCGUAAUUAUGGAUGACCCUUCCACUAUGUUGCUUGAAGCAAAUAACUUGAAUCAAAUUAUAGAUGGAGGAUUCUUCUUUAUAACAACUGACCAGAUGGGAUUUGGAAUGCGUGGGUAUGAAAAUCUUGAGGGAAUUGACCGUCUUGUAAGCAAUAGAAGGUUGAUCACUCUAGAGGUGGAGUCUGCUGACUACCCAGAGGUGGACGCCUAUUUGGAGGACAAAACACCAGCUAACUAUAUGGCCAAUCCUUGGUUCAGGGAGUACUUUGAGUAUAUUCACAAUUGUUCAUUUGGAGAUCCUACUCUGGCUUCCCCCCUUGCAUGCAAUCAGUACACAAUGGGCUAUCCGCGGGCAGAGAAGUUUAUCCAGGAUCCAUAUGCGCUUUAUGUGAUCAACGCAGUGUUCUCAGCAGCCCUUGGCAUUGAGCAGACCGUGAUUGACAUGUGUGGAGUGACCUACACGGGCAUCUGUAACAUCCUGCUUGACCAUGGCGAGAGACGUGAAAUGUUCCUCAGUAAUAUAAAAAAGGUGAGGUUUGAAGACCGAACCAAGCAGCCAUUUUACUACACACCAGCUGGCUCGAGUGACAGAGGCUACCACAUUUACGAACCCCAGAAUUUUGGCCUCAGUCUGCAUGCAGGUGCACAGUCAUACUACUGGGAAGAUAUUGGCAGUUACAAUGACACCCACUUCCUGAAGAUGGAUGUGGAAUAUGACCCCCCCAUGAGUUCCUCCUGCUCGACGGGAUACUGUGAGUGUGUCUUUCCAGAGUACCAGCCAUCCCGAUACAUGAAGAAGCCCUCACCCAAUGACCUCAACAUAGUGUUUGUCUCUGAUAUCCAUAAGGCAAAUGGGAUGGGGUGCGGAGAAAUUGAUACCGGCAGCAACAUGCAGAACUUGUUGGCUUUCUUGUUUGCCAUUGAAAGAGUGAAUGCAAACCAGAAUUCCAAGUUUCAAGCCAGUUUGAAGUUGGGAGGCGUGGCAUUGGACACUUGUUCCCAGCCUAGCCGUAUUGGGCAGGAUGUGUACAGCUUGCUCAGCGGGGAACCAAUUUGUGGUGAGAAGGAUGGCGUUCAGGUCAUCCCUGCAUCCUCUGCUGUGGCUUACAUGGUGAGGAAUAGUGGAAACUCAGUUGCCCUCAGCAGCAUGCUGUCUCCAUUGAAGAUUACCUCACUAAGUAUGAGCGCAACAUCGGUGGAGCUGAAUGAUAAGCUUGAACAUCCAUACUUCCUGCGAACUGUGCCUCCGGAUAAUGUCCAGGCUAUUGUGGUCAGCCAGAUCCUUAAGACCUUCUCCUGGGACUAUAUAACAGUUGUGUAUGCUGACAACACGUAUGGACGUUCUGCACGGGACACACUCCUUGAUCAAGCUGAAUCAUCAAACCCUCAGUAUUGUUUCAGUAGAACAAUCUCCAUGCCUCUUGAUGCUGACCUGGAAACAGCUAAAAAUGUAAUUGAUAGGUUAAACUCAAGAAUCGGUGCUAGAGUUGUUGUAACGUUUGUUACAUCUGAACAGGUACAACUCCUCUUGCAAGCUACCACUGAAAAAGGUCUCAACCAUAGAUUCAUCUGGAUAGGUAGUGACAGCUGGGCCAACAGUUACGAAAUAACAAACAAAUAUGAAGAAACUGCUGCUGGUGCCAUAACUAUUCAGAUCCGCUCUGAAUUCAGCCAGUCUUUUAGGAACUUUGUAAAGAGUGUGACAUUCACUGACCGCAAAGGUAUUCCAACUGACUGGUUUGAAGAAUUUUACCAGACGAUGCACCAAUGUCGUAUCUUGGGCAGUGUCAUCCAGAAAACCUACACUAGAAUCUGCACAGGCAAUGAACUGUUCACUGACGAUAUGUUCACUCAGGACCCAUAUGUUCUUCAUACAAUCAUCAGCGUGUAUCAGAUUGCCAAUGGUUUGAAUCAGAUAGAGGAAUGCAGCCAGAGUAGCAGUCUGAACAUUGCAUCCUGCCUCGCUUUGCUGAAAGAUCGCAAACAAACCAUCUAUGACAGCAUACUGAAUGCACAGCAUGAUGUCUUGCCCGAUGAUCUUAAGGACAGGUCUUUCAACUUUAAAUUCACUGGGGAAGGCUAUGGUGAUAUUGGGUACAAUAUUUACAACUUCAGGAGAAAUUUGACCUCAGGACAGUAUGAAUACAUCAAGAUUGGCAGUUUCUCUGGUGAUCUACGCCUUGACCCUCGUGACUACCAGAGCUACAGUUUCACGGACCGUUCCCUGCCUUCCUCUCGCUGCCAGAUUGGUACCACAUGCUCAUGCGAGGGUCUUGAUAACACCAUAUACUCGUUCAGUCGCCAGGACCGAGGCUAUGAGGUCACAGAUGAGGGGCAGUAUGAGGACCCAAUCACCGGACUGUUGGUAACUAUCGAGGACACACCUGAGAGUGCAGACAGGUUCAGGGAUAUCUGGGCCAUCAUAGUGGCCACACUGGCGGCCAUUGGAGCUUUUGCUGCCCUCUGUAUGUUCAUAUACCUGCUAGUGGUUUACCCAGUCAGGGGUGGAACAACCAUCCUUGGUUACAUGCUCUCCUUCGGAAUCAUCCUCAUGUAUGGCCUCGUGUUUGCGUUCAUUAUCCACGCUUCUGAAGAACUUUGUGGUCUCCGACGAUUUGCACUUGGAUUUGUGUAUUCCAUUGUGUAUUCAGCUUUGUUUGUCAAGCUUGUAGACUGUUGGAGAACAAAAGACAAGGAAGACAUCUAUAUGGUCAAAUAUAAUAAAAUAGGCAAUCCCUGGGGAUUGUUCUUCAGUGCAUGUCUUAUUGUGCUGGUACAAGUGAUGGUUAAUGCAGAGUGGUUGAUUCUAGAGGCACCGGGAAUGGAGCGCGUCAUAUACAACAACAUGCUGUGGCCCCGCUGUUCGCCAGACGACUUCUACGAUGAGGGACUGAUCCUCUCCAACGUGUUUAACAUGUUCCUCAUGUUCCUCUGUAUCAUUGUGGGCCUGUUCGCCUUUGGCAACGACAAAAACCACUGGGAUUGCAGAUGGUUGACGGGCUGUGUGGUGCUAACAAUUCCGUCAUGGAUGGUGUGGUGCCUAGUAGCGUCUCUGGGAGAGUACAAGAUGCGGGAUGCAGCUGUCGCUAUUGGUCUUCUGUUCAAUGCCACAGUGAUGCUGAUGUGCGGGCCAAUGCGGAAGCUCUGGUUGCUUAACCGCUACCAGGCACAGGUGGAGGCGGAAGAGCGAAAAUCUCAGUUUGCCUCAAGUCAGAGAGAUUACAACUCCAUCUAUGGGACACAAUAUGACAAUGUCCCACAGAUGCAUGACAACGGUUCAGUGAGGGGCAGUACAGUGGGAGUAGACGAUGUUUUCAUGUAUGAACCCAAGAGUUAGUCCCUUCAAUCAGCAUCAUAUGUAAUAGGCUAAGGAUGUGAGUGUUGAAUGUUUGUUGCAGCCAUGGCAACUGCAUGAAUCGGUACCUGAGAAUCCUCAUGAGCAACAGUGUCCAUAGCAACCAACAUGGCAGAGCAAUCUCCAUGGUUACUUGGUGCUUGUUGUCAAGCUUAAAUAUUUUUUUUUGUUAUUUUUGUUUUGUUUUAUUAUUGUGCUUAGAAGUCUCACAAACUGAACUUUACACAGACCAUUUCAUUACCCUAUUUGCCAUUUAUGAAAUGUUCUUAUAGAUUUUUUAUCUUGUAAAAUCUUUUUGCAACUUUAAAACAGUAACAUUGUCCUGUCUGAAUAUCAAUGUUGAUUUUGUUUUUGUUCACCAUUAUUUACAACAGCAACUUGACUAAGGUUACCAGAAAACAUAUGAUUUUAAACAAAAAAAAAUGUGCAGCCAAUUUUGGCUUAAGAUUUGAUUUCUAAAAUAUAUUCAAAAUAAAUAUUGUAAUGUUUGUGAUAAAUGUGUAUACAUGUAAAGCUGUAUGAAUGAUAUAUACAUAUGAGCGAAUCCAUAAAAUAUGUAUAUUUGUUAAAGAUAUGUUGAUUGUGAUACGGGAAUGAACUAUACAUUUGUAAAUAGUUUGUCUGUAGCUACCUGUAUGACUGUAAUUCACAGACAUGUAUAAUAUAGUUAUUUUUCUUGUCUUGUUGACAGAGUAGUAAACAAAUGCUGAAUAAAUUGUAAAGUGCUUGAUAUUUUUAUACUAAAACUAAAGUGCAAAUAAACUGUAUAUUUAUGA